CGCAGUGUAGGUUCACAUCAGGUGUGUAACAGUCAAUAAAUCUACCCAACUUGUUAUCUGUGUGCCUGUUUACUUCACGCUCAGGUGAAAUCACUUGGGAUUCGAAACGGUAUCUUAGUGCUGCUGAACAUGAAACUUUCAGAUAACAGGCAGCUGGUUCAAGUUGUGAUUCAAUAUUUAAAGUCGUUUGGUAUAAAAACGAAAAACUGGAGAUUAGUAAUUGAACAGCACAAAGAAAAAACGUAUGCAAGCAAUGGACUUUUUGGAACUCCGUUGUAUGCACUUCCCCUGUGCAGUGUGUCUGAAAAUGAAGUCAUCCCACAGUUUCUUGUAGAUGCUUGUGAAUUCCUGAGUCGACAUCUCUGCAUUGAAGGUCUCUUCAGAAAAUCAGGGUCUGUGGUUCGAGUCAAGGACUUGAAGGGUAGAUUGGAAGCAGGUGAGAAGUGUCUUGAAUCAUCUUUACCAUAUGAUGUUGCCAUGGUCGUGAAGCAGUUUUUGAGAGACUUGCCAGAACCAUUGAUUCCAAGGGAGCUCCAGGAUAUGCUAUGCCAAGCUCAAUUAAUUCCGUCGGAGUCAGAAAGAACAUUAGUUACUAUACUGACAACAUGCUUACUACCCAAGCUCAAUGCUGCAACCCUGAAGUACUUUUUCAAAUUCCUGCAGAGUGUAGCCUCCAGAUGUGAAGAUAAUAAAAUGGAUUGUAAUAAUCUGUCUAUGGUAUUUGCUCCAACCCUUUUCUUAAGUUUGAGUUUGAAUGACGGGCAUAUGAUAAAUGCAGAAAAACAACUUCAUCUUCAGACAAGUGCUGUACAGUUUUUAAUAAUACAUGCCGAUAAAAUUGGUGAACUUCCACAGUUUAUUUUAGGAAAAUCACCCUCCAUGUUUCAGCUUGAGUUGAAAUGCCAGCCUUUGCGUAAUUCUAAAGAGAUGAAAUGUGUGUUAAGGAAGAGCAGCAGCAGGAGAUACCGAUACAGUGUUGGAGAGAUGGUGACUGUUGCACUGAGUAGACUAAAAGGCCGAACAACCUUCAGUAGCCCUCAGUCUGAUAGCAAAACAGAAAUUACAGAAAGCUUUGUGACCGAGACCUCAUUGCCAUCAAAACGCAAAGCACAGGAAGACUUUCCGACUUCAGAAUACACAGCAAAGAAAAGAAAAUCCGGAUUAGAGACUGUUGAAUCUGAUGUUACAGCUGCAGUUUCUGCUGUUGAUCAAGCCAUCACACCUCCUAAAGCUCAUUGUAAUUCUGAAGUAGUAGCCAUUGAUGUGCCUUCUAGCCCUGGAAGUUUCCUUGAACUUUCCAUGACAGAUAUGAGUAAUAUAAUUGCUUCAACACCCAAAGCCAGUAUCCAGAGACGAAGAAGCAGCAAAAAAUCUGAAAGACGACUUAAGUCAAGAGACAGCAUUAGAAGAAUUAGCUGUGCAUUAACCUUGGAGAGGAAUGAAACAUUGCGGAAAUCUACAAGGCUAUUCAACCUUGUCAGAAAUGCAAAGGACUCUACAGACUUUCCAGUGAAAUGUGAUGCAGAAGAUCCCAUCAACAGCAGCUGGAGUACAAAGAAAAUGACUGUGAAACAUACUCUGGAAGGUGCUACCUUUGCUAGAAAUGAGUUUCAGUUAACAUUGCCAGUUAGAGGGGCAACUGAACCACUAAUUGCAAUAUCUAGCUCCACUUGUGAAGAAAAUGAUUAUAGAAGUUCUGUUCCUCUCUGUGUACCUGGAGUAGAUGAGAAAGGAAUAGACUUCGAUCACAGUUCCGUGGCAGCAGGUUGUAAGUGUAUGAUUUGCUCAAAUACAACAGUUAAGCCUGACAGCCAAGAAAUCUGCUCAGAGUAUCUUCAGAAAGAACAGUCAUUCCAAGCCGUUAAUGUGAGUACUGUCAGCGGUAAUGUCACUCAAAACAAAGACAUUCUGGAAAGUGACAGAAAGGAGCCUGGAAUGUUCUGUGAAGUGAUAUUUUCUACAGAUGACCACUAUUGUUUGAGCCCAAUUUCUGAUGAGCUGUUUUCCCAUGUUUCUAGUAACAGGGUUCUGCGAAGGUCUCUAAGCUUACCAAAGGACCUUGGAAGUCAAACACCAAGUGGGGGUUCAGAAGGUAAGACAAAUUCAGUAAACCAAGAUUUAGUUAGCUCAGAUUUUCACCAACUUUCACCAAAUGUAAAAUCUUUGCUCGUAGAAAAAAUGCCUACUGCAGAAGAUGGUGAAAAUAAUAUAAAUUCUAAUAAACAGCAUUGCGAUAGUCAAAAAACGUAUUUUGACACAAGCCAUUCAAGUACUGUAACAGUUCAAAAACCGAGUGUUCCUGCAGUAUUUCUUACAUUGGACAUGGAUGGUAGUGAUAAAAGUUAUAUGCCCAGCCAUUUAGAUGGUAAAAAUAGCCUUGUUUGUUCAUCUGUUUAUACAAGCAAGUAUAUAGGCUGCUUACAAAAUGAGCCAGGACUGCCUACUGAAAGGUUAAUUAUGAAGGAAACUAAGGCUUCUCACUUAUCUGUAGCAGAUUAUGUUCACAAGUUUAAUAACUUGUCUGUGCAGUCACUGAGUAGGCAGGAUGCCAUGAAAGCAGCAAAUGUUCAGCAGCCACCACCUCAGGAAUCAAGGCUAGAAACGAAACAAAACAAUGCAAAUUCUCCAUGUGUAAUCAAGCGAAGAGGCGCUCGUAGAUUUGGACGGUCAUUAAGUCAUGAAAGUGCACUGGCAAUCCAGGCAAAGCAGGACCUUUCUGAAGCAGAAGCUACUUCAGAAACCACUGCAAAAAAUGUAUUAGUAACUAAAAACAAUCCGAUUUUGAGUCAGUACAAAAGUCCUUUAGAGUCCUUCAAAAAGUAUAGCCGACAGAUUUUUAUCAGUAAAAAAAAUAUUACUUUAAAUUAUGCAAGCAGAGAUUCAGUGAAAAAAAAUCUUGCCACAGGAGAAGGUAUUGCACGUCAGGGUUGUACAGCUUCUGCUUUGAACUGAAGCUUGGAAAUUCUAUACUGAAACAGUUGCAUAUUUUUUUUUUUUCUUUCUGAACUGUUUCAAUCCUUGUAUGCUAUAACAUUUUUGCAGGGCUCCUGUUAUAUCAGAUUCAAGGUUUGUAAAAACCUCCUUCAUGAAGUUGUUGGUCAUGCAGGUUAGAUAAUUGUGAAUAUUAGAAGGCUGCCCAGUAUUAAUUACAAGAAAACCUUGUAGUAAACUAAUAUUCACAUUAGCCUUACUUCACUUGGGAGAGAUUAGGAGUUGUUAACAGUGGAGGAGAAUCAUUUCUGGGAAUCUCUUUCAUCUAGCUGAAAACUGCAUUAAUCAAAAUCAAUCAGUGUUGCGGUCAGGAAUUUUUCCUCCUGCUCAAGGAGCAGUCACCCUAGAAUUAAUUAUUUUAAGCAUAUUAAUGCAGCCUCUUGCAAUAAUUUUCUAUAAAAAUGCAUCUGCUUUGGGGUGGAAUGAUCAUUUGUACUGCAAAUUUCUUUUGAAAUUCUGAUUGAUAUCACUGCUUUUCAAGAAACUCCCUAGAAUUCUUUUCAACAGUUACAGGACCAUAAUGGUAAAUAUGGUUUCCUAUAAAAAAAAGUUAAUAUGUAUUUUGUGUUUUGUGAAGUAAAUAUUUGGUCCCUGUUCAGUUCAUUUAAACAUAGAUAAAGCUGAUCAAGUAAGUUUCCUCAUUUUAGAAGAAUGCAAAAAAUUAGGAAACUGAAAGUGCGAGCAGAAACUAUGUAUGCAGUGUAAAAUGUUGUAGUAGGAAGACUUCGUAAACUGGUUCUUAAAAAAAAAUGACUAUUAUUUCUGUGGUGCUCUUCUUUCUUUAUAUUAUUUAUAUUAAGUAAUUUUUCUAAAUUAUAUUUUUACUCUUUAUAAAAUAAGGUGUGUUAAAAUCAUGUAGAAUUGUGAAUAAAGAAUAAGGUUUGCAAAUAUUUACAUAAAGCUGUGAUUCAUAAAAAGUUAAUAAUAGUUUAUAGUUUAGCAGCAUGUCGCAAUUCUCGGCUACAACCCCGAUGAUUCAUUCUGCAGGCUCAUCCAUUUGUGAGGUAAUAUUUAAAAGGGAGACAAAGUGCCUUGUUCUUUAACAUUUAAUAUGAUCUUUUGUGAUCA